AUGGAAAGUUGCGGUUACUGUAAAGAACGAGAGGUCAAGACACAGAAAAGUGAAGAUGACCUUAAAAAGAAGACAAUGAUAGAGUGCAAAAAAGCUUUAGAAAGAGAAAAAAUCAGCAAAGGCAUGCAGUCCACGAGAAUGGAUGAAAUGGAAUUGAGAGCUAUGCAGAAACUGCAAAUGAAAGAAAAAAAGUACAUGGAAAAGAAGUCGCAAGAAAUGGAAUACUUAUGGCAUCAAGAAGAAGCGGAAAGAAGAGAGUUGCUGAGAUUAAAAGAAGAAAUGCGCGAACGGAGGAAGUCGUACGAUGAACAGAUAUCUAGUGCUAAAAGAGAGAGGCAGGAAACCCUAAAAAGGGAGAGGGAACAAGAAAACAAAAGGUUGGAAAAAAUGAGACAAAAAAUGGAACAGGACUACUACAAUGCAUUUAAGCGUAAACGAGAACAGCAGGCCGCCAACAGAUCCAACUACAUAGAGGGCCACGAAAUGAAACUCAGCAGAAUCGAGCUCGAAAGAAACAGAGAAAGGGCAGUGGAUGUCAAUUGUAUAAGCGCAGCGGUAGAGGAAUUAAGACGGGAGAAUCAGCAGAAGAAAGACAAAAUGCGAGCUUUGAAACAACAAGAAGCGAUUUUUAUGAACUAUCAUCAAAGAGAGAAAAAUAUGGCAAGAGUAUUAGAAGAUGAAGCCCAUAAAAUGGUACAAGAAUGGAGCACAAGAUUAGAUAAACAGUACGAAGAACGUCUCAGACAAGAAGAUGCAACUAACAAAAUUAAAAAAGAGAAAGCUCUAACGGAAUACAGACAACAUAUUGAAAAUGUUAAUCAACAAUCCAUGAAAGAGCGAAUGGAAAGAAGACAGCAUAUUGAGAGAGUGAACAGGACAGCGUAUUCAGAGUUGGAAAGAAGACUGAAUAGCGCUGAAGAAGAGCUACGGAGGCAAAAUGAAUAUAGAAAUAACCUCACGGAACAGAUAAAACUAAACCAAACCGUCUUGGAAACGGAAUUAAAAAACGUCGAACGUAAACAGCGGGCGUUCACGAAGGAAGCCAUUAUGUUCAAAGAGGCCAUGAGAGACAAAAUCAACAUUCGCAAGAAUGAACAGAGCACAAAUCCAGUUCACCCCUUUCAAAAGGUUAUUAAAAAGCAGCAAAAAUACGAAUAUCCAUUGCUACCGAAUUUG